AUGAACCAACUACUAAUUUUCUUAGCACUUUUCGUUUCCUCAUUCGGAGCUAAACUAAAUCAAUAUCUUCCUCCAAGACCUGAAAAUGACAACGCCCAAUACCAACCUCCAGCACUUCCCAAUCAAUAUUUUACCACAGCUAAUCAGUUCCAACAACAAUUCGUUACUCCAAAUAGUCAGCAGUUUAGCACCCAGUACUUAUCUCCAAAUAAAGAGGAGCAGUCAAGUCAAGCUUCUAGUUCCUUCAGUCAUAUUUCUGAACCAUCUGAGAAACCAGCUAGCCUCUUUGGUUAUGAAAACUAUUUUAAUGGCAAUAAAUAUGACAAUACUAACAAACAAUAUAUGGCUCUAAAUAUACAAGACGCUUCAGACCAAAGUUCUAGUUUCUUCAGAAACUUCCAGCAUCCAAUUCCGUCUAAUAUUAACAAGCAUGUAAAUUCUAGCAGACACUAUUUCGCACCAAACAAAAUAGACUCUUCUGGACACAGUUCUAACUUAUUUCAAAAAACACAAAAUCACAAUUCUUUUAACAGCCAAGGAUUGUAUCCAAGCUUUGAUUCAAUAUCUUCCAAUCAAGUACCGAUUACUGAAAACAGUAACUCUGCUCGACCAUCAUUUAACUCUCUUAACCAAAAAGCAACUUCUAAUGUUCAAUUUGAACAUUUAAGUUCAUUUUCCAGUAGGUUUCAUCAACAGUCAGGACAAACUCUAUUAAGCGGUCAAUUUUCAGGUUCUCACUUCGCACCAAUCGGGUUAAUCAAAUCUGAAUUCAAAUACAAUACCUCAAUGUCAAGUGCAAAUAAUAAAUACCCAGAAAAUGUAAAUAGUAAGUAUCAAAAAAGUGUACAACGCGAACAAUCUCCAUUUGCUUCUCAAGAAAAUAGACAAGUAGCAUAUUUCUUAAAUCCAAAACCCCUUUUAGGACAAAACAACGAUUAUCCUUAUUCCAAUCUAUCCAAAUCAAACAACGUUGCUGAUCAACAUACAUUUUCGUCCCAACAAAGCAAUAAAUUAUUACCAUCUACAUCUUCAUUUGGUUUUCCAACAAAAUUUAGACAGCAAAAAUGUGCUCCUAAAGAUUUUGUUAAACAAACUAUUGGUUAUCAAUAUCCAGUUCCUGAAAAAUAUCCUUUUUCUUAUCAACAAAACAAGCAAGUCGCUGCUUUUGGACACCAAUUUACCCCAAGAUUUCAGUACGGGGCUCCUGAGCAGUCUUCAUCGCCCAGUCAAGAAAACGGACAGUUCAAUUCAUUCCAAGGACUAAAUAGCCAAAUCUCAAGUUUUCCUACAAACCAAGGAUUCAAGAGCCAAAACAGAGAACAACAGAAAGAUACAUCUGGACAAUUUGGCACGGUUCAAGAUAGCUACGGUGGUUACAAAUACUAG